AAAUGUGCCUAUUUAAUGAGUGAGCGAGCGUUCCCUCAAGUACAUUUUACAAUUUUAGGGGGUAAAUUACUAUAAUUUAUUUCGCAAAUCAAUACGCCAAGUUAAUUUAGUGUUAAAAACAAGAAUUUAUGUGAAUUACGAUAAUGCAAGUGGUUGAAAAGUGUAAAGAAUAAAGUGAUUGUGAUUGCUCUUACGAAUACACUACAAGCACUACAGUUCACCACAUUGAAAGAAGAAGAACAACAGACGACCGACGACCGAUAAAACGAUUUAAAUAAAUGUUAAAACAUAUAAAUUUACAAAGAAAUUAGUGAAAACCUGCAAGAGAAUAUUGCAAAAAUAAUUUGUUGAUAUUUGAAGAUCGUUGGAUGCUAAAAAGUAUACAUUGGGGAAGGCUUUUUUUCGGCAUAGACUUUUCCAAUUGCUGGGUUCCACUGUGCGUUGCUGUACUUCUGAAAAACACUACAUCACUCGCAUAAGGGUUUGUUCCUGGAGUGUAUCCCAUGUUGGCGGAUUAAUUUUGGAAAUAUAUACCCAUUAUUACAAAGUUAAUGUUUAUUUAUUUCCAAUCUGUUAUCCGUUUGGCGUUUAAUAUAAAAAUACAAUGGAGGAAAUAUCAAGUUUAGAUUCAUUUCAAACGGAUGAGGCGAACUCCUCCGCGCGGCCAGAGUCUGAAACGACUCAACAAUCUGGCAAAGAGACAGAAGAAAAUAAAACACAAAAGAAGGCGGCUAAAGAUGGUGGCGCACCCGCUGCUGGCGGUACGGGGGGAGCGAAUGAAGAUGAUUUUGAUCAAAUUUCGGAAGGGACCUUUGAAGUAGAUGACAAUUCAAGGGCCACAUCUACGGGGCAAGUACCAGAUGAAAAUGCAAAUGCAGAUGGUGUUGAUGAAGAUGAGGGAGGCUCAGGCGAUAACACAGCCUCACAAAACUUUGAACAAUUUGAUCCCAAUGUGGCAGACGUCGUUGAACAUGAUGAAUCAGAUAUGUUGGGGGAAGCCGACAAUACACUACCCCAAGAAAAAGACAAAGAUGAGGAAUUGGAGGAAAUUGACAACACCAUGGAUGUCGAUCAAUCAAUAGAUAAUGAGAAAAAUGACAAUGACACUGGCAAUGAUAAUGAUCAGGAUGAUUUUAUGGAACCUCUGCAACAAGAAUGUGAUGAGGAGGAAAAAAAUGAAAAUGACAAUGAAAAUGAAAAUGAAAAUGACAACGCCAAUGACAAUGAUAAUGAAGAUGGAUCAAAAGAUCGCAAUAAUGCAAAGAGAAAGGAGUCAAAUGCCGAAGGAAAUGAUGGCGAAGAUGAUGUUGAAAAUGUACAAGAACCCGAAGAAUCCGAUGUUUGCCUGAUUCCAGACGAUACGGAGUCUACAGUUACCGAUGCAGAGAAAGAGCAAGCAAUACUAGCGAGAGAAAAUGCUGAAAAGGAUACGACGGCGGCAGAUGAAGAAGCUGAGGGUAGCAAAGAUAAUACUGACAAGGCACACAACUCUGAACCUACAGAGAAUAGUGCUCAAGCAGCUACUAAGCAAGCUGGAGCUGAAGCUCAAUUGAGUACAAUUGAAGAAAAUCAAGAGGUUAAUGAAGAUGCACAAGAAAAUAAUGCCGCUGAACCCGAAGAACCAUUGCUUGAGGAGCUGCAUAGUACAAGUGAAACUGGUACCGGUACAAAAACUAUAAUUUCUUGGAUUGUACAAUGUAAGAAAACAUGUAUCCAUUGUAAUGAGAUGAAAAUGUGUGGCUUUCGUUACAAGUCCCCCGAAACAUCAGAAUUGACAUUUCUCUGCGACCAAGACUGUUGCACGGCAUUCUUGGAAGCCCAUACGGGUAAAUACUUUAUACGGCGUAAAAAGUUUUUGGUUGAGGAAUUACCGGCUUCCAGUGAAAACGGAGGUGCAUCAUCUAAUGAUAAACAUCCCUGUCUCCAAUGCAAGAAAACGAAAAGUUGUAAAUAUUUCUUUAAGCAGGACGAAGACAAUUUCUACAUAUGCAACGAUGAUUGUUUUAACCUUUUAAGUUGCGAAGAACCCGACAAAUUUAAGCUCAAACGCCACUCAAUACGAGUGCGCAACAUUGGAGCCACAACCAUAUCUAAUGAUAAUCCGAAGAAGUCCAAUUCCGAUUCUAGAGUUAUAGCUCGUACAGGUGCUGAAGCGGAAGCUGCGCGUCUAGAGAGAGCGGCAAGUUUUGUGCGCAGAUGUGCCGAUUGUUUUUCCGAAAUUCAGUUGGGUGAUAAAAACCUUAUGUGGGAGACCAUGGAUUUUUGCAAUGAAAUAUGUUUGGGCAAAUACCAGCGUACCAUAGGCGCAAAUUGUCAAACUUGUCAUGGAGAUGUGCCUCAUCCAGCUUUAGGCAAAUAUUGUGUGCGUUUUGGUUUCGACAUAAGGCAAUUUUGCUGUGCGUCCUGCCUUAACGAAUUCAAGAAAGGUCUUAAAACAUGUUCCUGUUGUCAAAAGGAUAUAUCUUCGGGGAAUGAGGGAUUUUUGGCACCCGUGGGUGAUAAAGAACAAUUUAAGGACUUUUGUUCGCAGGCAUGCAUGCGUCGCUACGAUAAUAUCGCCAAUCCUAAGAAAAAACUGCGCAAUGACAUCUGUGCUGUGUGCAAUAAUGAUAAACCCGUACGCGUUGAGAUCAUAUUGGAAGACAAGGAGCAUAAUUUCUGCUCAAAUCCUUGCUUUUCGGCAUUUAAAUUUGUCAGCAACAUAGUGGCGGACCAGUGCGGUAUGUGCAGCAAAUACUUUGAACGCAAAGCGACCGAGUCAUUCACAAUAUACUCGGAGAAACGAGCGAAAGUAUUUUGUACUCGCGUAUGUUUAAACAUAUUUAUUGUUGUGAAUCGCCGCAUUGUGUCGUGUCAAUGGUGUAAGGUGAAAAAAUACAAUUUUGAUAUGAUCCUUAAGCAACAGGACAAUCAGGAAAUACAAAUGUGCUCCCUUAAUUGUCUGACGCUUUAUGGAGUAUCUAUCAGCGCAUUUUCGAGAACGGUUACCAAAUGCGAUAACUGCACUACGAUGGCCACGCCCCAAUAUCACUUGACAAUGUCGGAUGCUUCAAUGCGCAAUUUUUGCACAUAUCAGUGUGUCAUGCAAUUUCAAAGUCAAUUUGCACGUGCGCCGCUUACCUUGGAGAGUGAUAAUAAUGCGGCUUCUGCGAAUAGUACAUCGCCAAGUCACAGUCUCAGUACUUCAAAUCAGAAGUCUUCAAGUAAGCAACAGCAGAGUGCACCAUUUCCCACUGGUUUGCCAAAACGUGUAAAGUUGAAGGGAGCACAGCAACAACAGAAACCCAGUGGAGUUCAUAUAAAAUUGCAAAAUAAAAAUUCUGCAACAAAACAAAAGCAGCCUACAAUGCCGGUAAUAUCGACAGUUUCAUCAUUGGCUAGCGGGGAAACUGAGACGAUGAUUGGUAAUGUAACUGUUAGACGCACACGCGUAAGGGGUCGUAAAGCCGAUUCUCCUCCGCCGCCGCUUCCAGCUCCAACCCCUCCACCUCCAGCAGCUGUUAAUAACCAACCAGUGUUAGGACGAAGACAGCGGAAAGCGCCAGUGAUCGAUAGGUCGUUAACACCUUCUCCGCCCAGACUUGCAGCUGUUAGCAAACGCUCGGCAAGUAUUGCCGCAUCAGCUGCUUUAGCUUCUAAUAAUGUUGCAGAAAAAGUUGUCGAAAAGGUCUCCGUACAAACGGAAACUAAAAUUGUGGCCGUGCCUCCAUUACCCCCAGCCGUUCGUAACGUUCAAACUAGCUGCAAGCCACAAACAGUCACCGUUGGUUUCCAAUGUGAACCAAAAACAAAUACCGUCGGCACACAAACCGAUAAGGACUAUUCGAACAAGGUGCUAAUACCAGUGCCUGUUCCUAUAUAUUUGCCUCAACCAAUGUAUAUGUAUUCAGCUCCGUUUCCAGUGCCAGUUCCUAUUCCGCUUCCCAUUCCUGUACCUAUUUUCAUACCAACAACACGCAAUUCAGCUCAGGGUAUUAUGAAGGAGAUUAAAAAGAUCCAAGAUAAAAUGCCAGCUGAUCCAUUUGAAGCAGAACUUUUGAUGAUGGCCGAAAUGGUGGCAGAGGAGAAACGUGAAUCAGAUUCGGAUUCCGAAGAUGAGAUUAAACCGGAUCCGGCUGUUGUGUCGCUUCAGUAUAAUAAUAGUGUACAACAAGUUGACGUAGCUAAUAAUUCAUACGGUGAAGAUGUACUUCAGAUGGCACUAAAAAUGGCUACUGGCGAAUACGAUCAACCCACCAGCACAAUUGAUUUGGAAUCGGCCGUUACAGCUAAUACUAUUACUAAUCCUCCGCCUGGCAUGGUGCAACAUGACGACUCAAUGAGUCAUAUGAGUGGACAUCAUAUGCAGCCACAGCACCAUAUGAUGGACGCACAAAGAGGGGGCCGCGGUCGCAAACGUGGAGCUGUCGUCUCUCUAGUGUCGCCGCGUAAUAGCCGUUCUCCCGUUAAACGUCAAAGAAUUGAAGAAAUGGAACCAUCGCCGCAACCACCUCCUCAGCCAAUGCAGCCUGUCGAGAAACCCGAUGCAAAUAUGUGCUUAAAAUUCACAUUCGGCGUCAACGCUUGGAAGCAAUGGGUUAUGACUAAGAAUGCCGAUAUCGAAAAGAGUUCCAUGAGAAGACGUCCCUUUAAAACGGAACUAUUGCAAAUGACAGCCGACGAAUUGAACUAUUCGCUGUGUUUGUUUGUAAAAGAAGUGCGCAAACCCAAUGGCACAGAGUAUGCACCAGAUACUAUAUAUUACCUAGUGCUAGGCAUACAACAAUAUCUAUAUGAAAAUGGACGCAUUGAUAAUAUAUUCACAGAUACUUAUUAUGAACGUUUCACUGACUGCUUGGACGAAGUGGCCAGAAAGUUUUCAGUGCUUUAUAAUGAUUCGCAAUAUAUUGUUACUCGAGUUGAGGAGGAGCAUCUGUGGGAGUGUAAACAAUUGGGUGCUCAUUCGCCGCAUGUACUCUUGAGUACAUUAAUGUUUUUCAAUACAAAACAUUUCAAUUUAACGACCGUGGAGGAACAUAUGCAAUUAUCAUUCUCACAUAUUAUGAAACAUUGGAAACGUACUGGUCAAACGGCCAAAACUCCAGGAUCGCGCAAUGUUUUAUUACGUUUCUAUCCACCACAAGCUGGUCUUGAAGCCAAUCCCCGCAAGAAAAAGGUUUAUGAACAACAGGAGAACGAAGAAAACCCUCUACGCUGCCCUGUUCGUUUAUACGAAUUUUAUCUUUCUAAAUGUCCGGAAAGCGUUAAAACGCGUAAUGACGUCUUCUAUUUACAACCGGAGCGAUCUUGUGUACCCGACUCUCCGGUUUGGUAUUCGACUCAGCCCUUAAGUCAAGAAUCUUUACAAAAAAUGUUACAUCGUGUAAAAAUGGUUAAGGAAAUAAAUAUUGCCCUAUUGACAAGUUAAUCAACAUGCAUUAAAGUUGAUCGAUGGGGGAUGGCGGCGACACCAUCACCGCCUAUAAAACUACAAACGCCACACACCAACGAACUGCUGCAUAUAUAAUGAAAAGAAAUCACAUACACACACAGAGAGAAGAACAACAACUAAAAUUGUUGCUUAAAGCAUGCAAUUUCUAACUGAUAGAACUAAACAUAAAAAUUUCGCAAUUUCUCUUUUUUUUUUGACAUUCAUUAUUAUUAAUAAAACAGAAAUAUUUUUGAUCAAUAAUUGACAAGAGCAGCAUUAUGAAAUAAAUAUUUACUAAUAAAAGAGUACAUUUUUUGUACAAUUUGUUUAAAAAUGAAAACAUACAUACUACAUACACCCAACACAAAAUAAAGCAAACACAAAUUUGAUAUUUGUAAUGUUAAUAAGAAAUGUUUCUUUUACUAAACGAUGCAUUAGCAUAUGCAUUGCAUGGGGUUAAAGAGUUGCUGCUAUAAACUUUUUGGACAUUUCAUAAGUUUCCGAAACAAAUAUUUUUUGAAUAUGAUGGCUUGUUACUAAAAACAAUUAUAAAGUGCUUAGCGCUCUAUUUUACAAUACUUCAUUCAAAUGUGACAGAUUAAAAAAAAAAGUCAUACAAAAGUCAUUUGCAAUACAUUUUGUUCGAUUUUUCUAUUUCGCCAUUUCUUUGAACCCCAAAAAUGAAUAUUUUUAUAGUUUAUAAGUUUAGCUGCAUAAGUAACAAUAAAUAAAAAAAUGCUACAAAGUCUUGAUUAUUUGUAUGUCCGAAUACAAGAGGGGCGGAGCCUAAAUUGGAAGCUUGUAUAGCUCAUAAUUGAAAUUUGUAGCUUAAGAUAACGAGUUACAAGGCUCACUUUAUCAUGCCCUUUAAAGUCUUGUGUUUAUCUUAAGUCAUCCCUUAAGCCAUAUGCAAUACACACAUCUGCAUAUAUAAUGUAUUAAUAUAAACACAUUUUAUGAUUUUGUAAAUGUCAAAAAAGAAAACUCACAUCUAAGGCAGAUUAUAGAGGAGUUUUUUUUUAGUUUAUAUAAUUUGAAACCCAAAACGAAAUUCUAUCUCUAUACAAAACUUAUUGCUAUUUUGAAAAUGUUUUUAAAUCUAAAUUUUAAAACAAGUGAAUUGUUUUGUAGGUCUUAUUAUAAAAUAUAUACAAAUACUACAUCAAGUCCCCACACACUUAUAUGUAUUAAACUACACAAAAUCAAAUUUUCUUAAAUUAGUCGUUUUUUUUUUCUUCGAUAUGUUAUUGUUUUUUAGUUUUUCAUUUUUUUUUUUUGUAAUAUUUGGGUAUGUAAUAUAGUUUUCCCUAUUCCACCAUUAUUUUUCGGUUUUUGGUAAUGAUUUUUUUUUGUAGACUUUCAAGCAUCAUCUUAACGACGUCUUGUUUUAAAACGUGACGAGGAAGGUAAAAGUAUAAUUUCUAAACGAAGAAGCAAGAACAUAUUUUUUUAAUACAACAUUUUAAUAGAGAAUAUGGUGUGUUAACAAUACAUAUUUAUAUAUAAAUAAAAAUAUGACGAUAAGUGACUAUGAAAAACACAACAUACCCCAUUGUAAAAUAAAGCAUAUAAACUAAAUCUUGUGUGAAAUAAAAAAUAAAAUAAAUCUUUUAAA